CACCCGGGGAGCGGUAGCUGCAGUGAUUCGUUGAACACGAGAGAGACUCAGGGAAGAAAGCAAGACGAAACUUUGCAGGCUUUUGCGAAUUUUAUUCAGGUACUACAAAAUUAUCAUGUCCAAGCCAACAGAAAAUAAAUUCUACAAGGAAACACUACUUACUUUGAAUGCAAAUUCCUCAGAUGACUACGUUAAAAGCAUCUAUGAUGACAUAGCCGAGAAAUAUGACAAGCAGACUGUCGAAGAUGCAGGUUAUGUAGCGUACAAAAGUUGUACUCCGAUCUUCCACGAAGUCCUACGAGAGACGUUCGGCGACGACGCGGCGAAGUCGAGGAUUCUGGAUGCCGGAGCUGGCACUGGGAUUGUGGGCAAAGUUCUUCAGGAUCUCGGCUACAUUAACAUGGACGCUCUGGAUAUCUCACAGAAGAUGUUAGACGAGGCGAAAAAGUUGAACGUGUACAAGGAGUUCUUCUGCGCAGCGUUAAGCGCCGAACCAAUAGCUGAGAUACCAGCCAAUCAGUACGAUGGUUUAAUCUGUGUGGGCACUCUUACAGUCGGUCAUGUCAAGCCUGUUGCCUUCGACGAGAUUCUACGAGUCGUGAAACCGGGGGGUAUCAUUGGCUUUACUCUUCGCAAAGAUGUCUACCAAGAAACCGUCAGACAAGAUAUUUACAAGGAAACGACGAAGUUUGGCUACCGUGAGAAAAUGGAUGAGUUAGAGACAACAAAGAAAUGGAAGCUACUCAGAUGUGAUUUGAUUGAUUACCACACAACUAUGGAUGAGAUGCGAGCGAAAUGUUACUCGCUUAUGUAUCAAGUUCUAUGAACAACGUAUAGAGCUGUGGUGUAAUGUGCUUGCGAAAUUUCAGAGAAAAAUUGAACUGAAUUGGCGUUUUUUAAAAUUUUUGGCUAUUUUUUUAAAAAGAUAACAGUUAUCAUCGUAGCUAGCAAUAUUAUAUUUCUUAUAUUUGAUCCCGGACUGCAAAUAUAUUAUUUAUGCAUACCUUGUGAAAGUCGGGUGUUAAAGAAGCCAGGCUAGAAGAUGACGUUUACAUUUACGGUUAAAUUAACCCUCGGACGUACAAGCUAACUCAUACCCCCACCGUGGUACAAGAGAAAGGGGGGGGGGGGAUGGAAGCCCCUCUUGGUUUUCGUUGUGUUAAGGCAGAGCGAAAUAAAUUUAAAUUGAUUAGAUAGCCCUGAGCUUUCUCUACAACUACUAUUUUUGUUGGU